CCGCCGCGCGCCGGCAUGGAGCGGCUACGGCGCUCCUUCCGGGAGUCCUUCCGCCGGCGCAAGGGCUCGCCGCCCGAGUCCGCUCGCCCGCACCAAUGGCACGCGGACGAGGCCGCCGUGCGAGCUGGCACGUGCACCUUCCCCGUUAAAUACCUCGGCUGCGUGGAGGUCUUUGAGUCCCGGGGUAUGCAAGUUUGCGAAGAGGCGCUCAAAGUUCUCCGAAAUUCCCGGCGACGUCCCGUUCGUGCAGUACUUCACGUCAGCGGAGACGGACUACGAGUAGUGGAAGAGGAGACUAAGGGACUCAUAGUAGAUCAGACUAUUGAGAAAGUCUCGUUCUGUGCGCCCGACAGAAACCAUGAGCGAGGGUUUAGCUACAUCUGCCGCGACGGCACGACGCGGCGCUGGAUGUGCCACGGGUUCCUGGCGUCGCGCGACAGCGGCGAGCGGCUCUCGCACGCGGUGGGCUGCGCCUUCGCCGCCUGCCUCGAGCGCAAGCAGCGCCGCGACAAGGAGUGCGCCGUCUCCAUGAGCAUCGACGCGGCCAGCCACGCCUUCACGCGCCAGGGCUCCUUCCGGAAGUCGGUACUGUUCGGUAGCUCUAACCGGCGCACGUCGGAGGUGGAGCCGGCGAGCCCGGCCCCGCCCGCGGCCACGCCCGCGGCGCCGCCCGCCGGCCCGCGCGCCGCGCCGCACAACCCCUUCGCGGUGGAGCGCCCGCACGCCGCGCCGCACCUGCUGGAGCGACAGGGCUCCUUCCGCGGCUUCGCGCAUCUUAACAACAAUUCACCGUUCAAGCGUCAAAUGUCUCUGCGCAUCAGCGAGCUACCUUCGAACUUAGAGCGCCAGCGCCUGGGGCUUGGCUCGCCCGACGCGCUCGCCGCCCUGCCCGCCCUGACCGCCCCGCCCGCCCUACCCGCGGUCCCGGCCGCGCCCGCGCCUGUCGCCGCCGUAGCGCCUACAGCUCUGCCCGAUGUUGCUCCUAUUGAGAGCGCGGACCCGGUGGCGGAGAUGUGCCAGCAGCUGUCGCUGGGCCUGCGCGCGCUGGCCGAGGAGCCGGUGCCGGCGGCGGGCGCGCUGCCGCACCCGGACGCGUGGCUGGGCCGCGUGGCGCGCGCGCCGCCGCUCGCCGCCGCCGGCCGCGCCGCCUCCUUCGCCGGCCACUCCGCCGUCGCCACCAACCCCUUCCUGACGCCCACGCCGGCGCGCCUCUAGACCGCCCACACUCGAGCGACCUUCCGCGAGGCUACCUACGACUAGAUAUGAUGUCGAUCGUUCACGCUCCGAGUAGUAUAAUCGCCUCCAGCUUUUGCGGGGAGUAUAUAUAUAUAUAUAUAUAUAUAACACUUGCGACUAGGGACUGACACUCAAACUACAGACUUCCACACUGAAACGUUCUAAAUUCAAAACUACCAUAUUCGUUUCACAUGAUACAUUAUACGAGGUCUCUAGACCACUGACUAGGGGUUGACUCAAACCACCGACCUACUCCCUGCACAGAGUCCUAUAUUUUAAAUUAAAAAGUAUUCAAUUAUUACCCUAAAUUUACGUCGAUCGAGUAUAAUACUCGGAAGUCACUUCCGUCUCAUGAAGGGCAUAUUUGUUUAUUUAUUACCAAACACGAUUCACAGGCGAGAUAUAUAGAACAUUUAUUACUUGCGUGCCUUUUUUAUAUUAAAAGUUACUUUAUCUAAUGAUUAUAGACAUAGGUCAAUUGAUUUUAAAAACAUUUUUGGAGACAGGGCUAAAAAGGGUCAAUAUUGUCAUACCUAUGUGCGAGUGCUUAAUCUGGUACAUUGAAGAUUUCGUAAAAGGAAAAAGAUAAUUUCUAUUAUUAGUUUCUUAUUAACACAAGUAGUUUAGAUUGAUUUUUAAAGAACAAAUAAUUUAAAAAAAAAACAUCCAUACCUAAUAAACAAAUUACGUAAUUUUAGUUAAAACGAAGAACGUACAUUAAUUAAUGCAGAUCUAUUCAUAUUUCCUAUUAAUAUGGACUGGUCACAUUUGUAUUUUUAAUUGUUGAAAAACGGUCAAGCUUAAACUACCACACUGUUCCGCUGCGGGUAGAGUAACAAACGUUAACGCUAUUUAUAAUAACAAAAAAAGGACGGGUGGCUUUAUGUGCUGCUCUUUGCACUGCGGGCAAAUCCACAGAGGUUUUGCAUUACUCAGGCCAAUAAUAAACAUAUACAAAUAAAAAUGUUCACUGCGUGUGAAAAUUAAACACGCUCAAAUGGAAGCGUUUUCACCGAUCCGUACGUCAGAUAAGGUAUUGUAUAUGAGAUUUAAAUAGUGGGUUCAUCUGACUACAAUAUCGGUAAAAAUAUCAACCUUGACGACCGAUAACAUUAACUACGGGUAGAUAAUUACUUAGUAUGUUGGGUAAAAGAAGUUAAAACCUUAUUUAACAAUUACUGCUUCAAUCAUUAAGCGUCUGAUGAUUUAUUAGAUCUGUUAAUGAUUUUACCUAAUAUGCGAGAAAUAUUGGAUACACAUAUCGAUUGUUUCUUAAUUCGUAAGAAAGUAAUUCGUACGUUCUAAAAAAAGAAACGCCACGUGUAAAUGAUGUUAGUAUCCUAUUAUGCUAUCAAAUUAAAUGUCGGAUUUGAUAGCAAAGUGUAAAAAUCCGAAUUAAUACGAUGCUACCUUUGAACUUAAGUCGAAUUUGUCAACUGGAAUAACAGGAAAUAAAAAGGAUAUUGUACUUUUCUAUUCAAUUUUUUUAAAGACGUACUUUAUUUUUUAUUUAUUUUAAUUAACUCGAUUUUUGAUGCUUUCAACUAUACAAAAGUCGUUCUUUGUCUAAAUUUAUGCAACGAUUUUUAUCUGAACUUUUGCAUAAAUUAUUCAAAAAAUCUUUAGUAUUCUUUGUUCAUCUUUUGUAAUCGAUAUAUUUAUUUUAAGGCGAAUUAUUAUUUUUUAUUUAAGAAAUGUCACCAUACGUAAAUGAAACUAGGUAAUGCUCAAACUUAUUCUAUACUGUAAUAGUUGUGUUAGAAAUCAGUAUCAACGGAAUCCGUCAUGUUAAACCGUAAAAUGUGUACUCUAUUCUACUGUAUUGUUAACGCUUAUAGUCGAUGGCAUUAAUAUUUGAGCACAUUUGUAAUCCUGCACGCUGUAUUUUAAAAAUAAUUCAUAUAAAAAUAAGUAUUUUUCUGAGGGAACGACCACCACUUUAAUGGUGUGAAUGACAUUCAACUAUACUUUCUAAUUAGUAAUUUUGAUUAUAUUUUUGUCAUACAAAUAUACAGUCUACUAAUCAGAUAUAAUUUUGGAUAUUUCUACAUAAAAGUAAUUACAUUUACAAAUGUCAUAACAAUAUAGAUAUUUGAAAUAUUUAUUAUAAUAUAAAUGUACUUAAUUCCUCUUUAAUGGCACUGAGCUUUUGCGCUGCACUUAAGUGUUGUUGAUUUAAUACGUAAGUUAAGACUAGUUCCAUCUUAUACGUCCGUGGACAGUAUUAAUGGCGCCGAUCGCAUUGUCUCGUAACAAAGCGUACUGAACAAACGAACAAUGUAGUAUUUUUUCGUAACAAUCUACGUACUUGUAUAAUACUUAUAUAUAACUACUUCAUAUAUAUAUUUAUAUAUUUCUUUGUAUAUAAUUGUAAAUUUAUAGGUUACUUAAAACAUUAUUUGUGAAUCUGUUUUGUUUAUAUUUUUUAUUAUUAUUGUAACAACAAUUAAUAGGUAAAUAUGUCGAACAAAUUGUAAUAUAAUUUCGUAAUAAAUGUUUAAAACACGUAUGUUUUGUGUGAUGAUUCGCGAUUUAAUGUUAACUAGUUACUUUUUGUUAUUAUUCUAGAUGAUAAAAACGUUACUUCUGAUCAUUUUUUUAUAACUAAUAAAGAGCAAAAAGAGGAUUUGUAGUAAGUACUUACCUAAGCUUUAUUUUCAUGAAAAUUGUACGGUCAUAACAAGUCUUGCUUUAUUGUGUCAUAAGAUAUCACAUUACAAAGCUAGUGUACUUACAAUAUUAUUUUAAGCAAGCCUCUUUUUGUCAUAUAUAAAAAAGCACAAUGAUUAUUGCACAAUUGUUGCAUUUUACAUUCCACUUAUAACAAUAUUCAUAGAUUGAUUAAACUGACUCAUAUACAACUAUUGUUUGUAUCUAGUACUUAUACUUAUUUUGACAGUAUUUAAUGUUUUCACUUAAUAACUGAUUUUUAUAAACCAGGAAUAUAUUGAUAUAAUUCUGGGCCAGUCUUAUAAUAUGUACACGAUUGAUAAGUUAUAUGAAGUCAGUAAAAUUUUUGUAGUUAAAUGUGAUAUAAGAGCAUAUUCGAUGUUAUAAACAAUAUUUAAAAUUCGUAAUUGCACAUUUACCAAUAUCUUGCACGCAAAACGUUAAAAUCACUCUCGGUGAUUAUAUGUAAAGUACAUUAAUAGUAAUGUCCCGUAACUAAAGAUUAGUUUUAAUUAAGUACUUACUUCUACAAAGAAUAUUUUCUAAUGUAUUUUUAUUUAAAUAUUCGAAAACUUAUUGGACAUAUUGUACUUAAUAUAUCAAAAAACCAGUUGUUUAAAAAUUGUUGGGUAUUUUUUAUAUUUCUCCGAUUUUAUUUUUGGCUAAAUUAUAAAAAAUUGUACAUACAAGGGGAUAUGUAGAUAUGUUAGAUAACAAGAGUUCAAAUAUUAUGAAGAGUAAUAAAUAUAAUGGUUAGUUGAA